AUUUCAGAAGGUUUCUCACUCCAGGUCCUUGAGUGAUACCCAUGCUGCUUUCUCCUGCAUGCCCAGCCCCUCUGAAGAUGCCCAGGAGAGGAUCUCUUGCCCUGUGGACACUUGUGGUGCUGCUGCAACUGGCGCUUGUCCCAUCACAGCUGGCAGGCUACCUCCUCAAUCCCUGUUUGGAGGUCAGCCCUAACAGAACUUUCAGAUGCAUGGGACUGAAUGUCUCUGGAGUUCCUGCUGAAGUCCCAAAUACCACCCAGAAUUUGGAUCUCAGUUUCAGCAAUCUGAAAUCACUGGGGUCAAAUUAUUUUUCAUCAGUCCCUGAACUUCAGCUUCUGGAUCUUACAAGGUGCCAACUCCAUACAAUAGAAGAUAACUCCUUUAAGGAUCUUCAUAAACUUUCCACCUUAAUUUUAACUGCCAAUCCUCUCCAGUACCAGGGGACAGCAGCCUUCUACGGCUUAACAUCUCUGAAAAAACUAGUACUGGUGGAAACCAACAUAACCUCUCUGACUGACCUACCCAUUGGACACUUGCAUACCCUGCAGGAGCUGAAUCUGGGCCACAACAACAUUGUUUCAUUGAAGCUUCCCAAGUAUUUCACCAACCUGACCUCUCUCAGGCACCUGAGCUUUCUCUCUAACAAGAUCACAUAUAUCUCCAAAGGAGACCUCGAUGCCCUGAGGGAAGCGAACAGGCUGAAUCUCACACUGGUACUUUCCUUGAAUAAUAUAAAAUACAUACAGCCAGGGUCCUUUGCAAAGAUUCACCUUGGUGAGCUGGUUCUAAGGUCCUCUUUUGAGAACUUCAAUGUGAUGCACACUUCUCUUCAAGGCCUGACUGGUUUACAGGUCACCAGACUAAUAGUUGGAGAAUUCAGCAACAGUCAGAGACUGGUAGACUUUCAGAGCGGACUCUUGAGUGGACUGUGCCAGGUACAAAUGCAAGAGUUUGUCUUAAUCUGUUUCAGAGGAUUUGAGAAUAACACAGACACUCUUUUUAACUGCAUAGGCAAUGUCUCCAGUAUUCGGUUGGUGGACCUCCAACUUGAAGAGGUGUCAGAGGUUCCUAUGUUCUCUCAAGUGAAACAGCUGGAAUGCAAGAAAUGCAAGUUUAAGGAAGUGCCUGCCAUGAAGCUGUCUCUUUUCAAGGAGCUGAGAGUGCUUCGUAUUACCAAGAGCAAACACCUCAAUAGCUUCCAGCAGAAAUUUGAGAGUCUGAGUAACCUGGAGGUCAUAGAUUUGAGUGAGAAUCGCCUCACCUUCACUGGCUGCUGUUCCCCUCAGUUUCGCAACUGUCCAAAUUUGAAACACUUGAACCUAAGCUUCAAUUCUGACAUCAGUGUGACUGGAGAUUUCACUAAUGUAAAGGAUUUGUUAUAUUUGGACCUUCAGCACACAAAGUUGUUCGGUCCUGGCUCCUACCCUGUCUUUCUAUCCCUUCAGAAACUCAUUUACCUUGAUAUUUCCUAUACCAGAACUCUUGUUAAAUCCCAGUGUACAUUUUGUGGCUUGAACUCUUUGCAAGUGCUCAAGAUGGCAGGCAACUCCUUUGAGAACAAUAAAUUGGCCAACAACUUCAAAAACCUAAGUCACCUCCACACCUUGGAUAUUUCAAGUUGCAAAUUAGUACAGGUGGAUCAAAGUACAUUUGAUGCCCUCUCUGAACUAAAAGAGCUAAACAUCAGCAACAAUAAGUUGCUGAGCUUUGAUCCUGUAGUCUACAAGCCGCUCCGAGCCCUCACAGCCCUGGAUUUUAGCAACAACCAGCUGAGUGUUCUGUUGGAGUCAGCCCUGGAAAUCCUGCCUGAUAGUCUGGUCCAGUUAGACAUCUCUCGAAACCUGUUUGAAUGCUCUUGUGUAUACUUGAACUUUCUGAAAUGGAUCAAGGAAAAGCAGGAGCUACUGCAGAACAAGGAGUUGAUGAUAUGCCACACGCCUGCAUCCAUGAAUAGCGUGAGCCUGUCUAGCUUUGAUCUGUCGUCCUGCCAUCUCAAUGCAAGUACAGUGUCAUUCUCAGUGAUCACGUUGCUUGCUGCAGUGGUGUUCCUUUUCCUGAUUUACAGGUACUACUUCCAGCUAUACUACUCAUUGGUGCUGCUCAGUGGGUGUAAACACUCUGCAGAAAGGGGUGACACCUAUGAUGCAUUUGUUAUCCACUCCAGCAAAGACCAAGAAUGGGUGAUAAAAGAGCUGGUUGAACCCUUAGAAGGAGGAACACCUCCCUUCCAGCUUUGUCUUUACUACAGGGAUUUCCUACCAGGGAUACCCAUUGUCACCAAUAUCAUCCAAGAAGGUUUUCUGAGUAGCAGGAAUGUCAUCGCAGUCAUCUCUACUAACUUCCUGGAAAGUAAGUGGUGUAGCUUUGAGUUUGACAUUGCCCAGUCCUGGCAGCUUGUUGAAGGAAAGGCUGGAAUCAUCAUGAUUGUACUAGAAGAAGUGAAUACGGCCUUGCUGAGGCAGAGGCUGGGGCUGUCCCGAUACCUGAAGAGGAACACCUAUCUGGAGUGGAAAAACAAGGAAAUAAGUAGGCACAUCUUCUGGAGGCAGCUGACAGGAGUCCUGCUAGAAGGCAAAAAAUGGAAUCACGAGGCGGUGAAGCUCAUGUGAAGAGAAAGAGAGAUCACUUCUCUCCUGUCUCCCAUCCUGGCCAUGGCUGAUGGCUGGUGCUCAGGCGUUGCUUCUUCUGUGGCUGUUCAGAGUUGGAGGAAGUGGAUGGAGGCACUGUAAAAGCACUACAGAAAUACCUGCCUUGCUGGUGACCCUUUCUCAAAGGAACUUGCAAGCUAAGGAGUGACAACAGCUAGAAGAGCUGCACGUGCCUGAGCUCCAUGUUUGUCUGCAGCUGUCAACCAAAGCUGGUCCAGCAAUCCACACAGGUCUGGUGGGUUGGUGAACAGACGGACUGCUCUUACUGUCAUUUGUCUGCCUCUGAAACUGAACUUGCAUUCUGGGGCCAUUUACCCAGUGGAACUUCAGGGUCCGUUGCUUUGAGUGGACCCCAGGAUCUCCAGGGGAGAGCAAAGGUGCAGGAUUCUUGGCUCUAAAAAUGGUGGGAAACAGAAACAAGAUUUGAAUCCUGAAAGUCUUGGGUCUGCCUCCUUAGGCACCAUGACUCAGGGGAAAAACCCUACAGAGAGAAAUGGGAUGCCCUACAGCCAUAAACCACCUGGCAGCUACUUAGUGAAGCUGAGCAGUUAUGUUGUCAGUGUGGGGGGAGGUUGCCGUUGGUGGGAAAUUUCCCCAACAUGUUUAUUUUGGUUUUCUUUAGACCAAAACCAAAUACUGAAACCCCCAAAUAUUUCCAUCACCUGCAACUCUUAUUUAUAUUCAGAUUAUAUAGCAUUUGAGAGAGUGGUUUGAGGUUUUCUUGUGGGAUCCAAAAAUCAGUGCGACCAGAAGAAGCCAUAGAAAUGCUUAACACCUUUAAAAUCAAG